AUGAACUCUUGUUGGGGUUUAUUUGGUUCGGCAUUACGCAUCUCAUUAUAUAAGAGACCUAGUGGAUUAUUAAAAGGCUUUUCGUACGUUGAUAGGGCAUCAACUCAAAAGCUUCUUCCAAUUCAUUUAAUAAAUCUUCAGAAACACACUGGAUGUCGUCAUGUUGGACAAGAUUCUGAUACUUCAGAUGAUGAGUUAGCUGAUGAAGAUGAGGAUGAUGAUGAUAAUGCCGAUGAAUUAGAUCCAUAUUAUUCAGAAGAUAUGGCGUUCAGUCCACAUUUUCGACAAAUCUCAUCAUACGUCAAAUCCUUACGUUUUGAUAAAAUUAUUCGUGUGGGUUUAGGUAUCACUAGAAGUGCUGCUGACAAUGCCUUUUUUUCUAACCGAUGUAGGUUAAAUGGAGGAAAACUGCUUAAGAUGGGUACUACAGUUUAUGUAGGUGAUAAACUUGAUAUAGUGAUCGACGAUACAGAAGAACCUCUUGGUAAAAGAGUGCGAGUUCUUGAUAUAAAACAAUCAAAACACAAUAAUUACAAGAUUAGUUUACGUUGUUGGAGAAAUAAUGUCAAAUUGUAA